AUGAGCUUGGUUGACUUAUCGUUGGAUGAAAUUAUCGCACGUCGAAAAGGAGCGAAUAAAAAAUCAAAUGGUUUCAUCAAUCGUUUCCGUAACAACAAAAAGAAACGAGAUUUUGCUCCAAAAUAUACCAAUACCAAUCCAACAUUCACGAGAGCGGAGGAUGUACCAUCGGGCAAAUGGGAUCAUAGCGGAUUUGAAGAGAUGUACGGCAAUGGGUCUGGUGGUAGUUCAUUACGUGUAGCACCAGGACGUGGUGGACGAUUCAACCGUGUUGAUUUAGCAAAAAAAGUGCGACUUCACAUCACAAAUCUAGCACCAACGGUCAAUUCAGCCGACCUCAAUGAACUUUUCGAGCAGUAUUCGAUUAUCUCAGCCAAUGUUAAUCACGAUGAAACGGGGAAGUCGGUGGGUACAGCUGAUGUUGUGACUGAUCGAGUUACCGCUAGGGAAAUUAUCGCCAAUUUAGAUGGUGUUGCACUUGAUGGUCAGGUAAUGUCCUUCCAUAUGAUCGAUGACCAAGCCACUCCAGCUCGCCCUAAUGUUCGUAUUAAGAAUCGUUUGAAUUUUCGAAGACGCUCAUGGGGUGUAACUAAGAAGCGACAGCUGCCGCCGAAGCGCAAGUUCACAGGGACCAUCGGUCGUCGUAAGAAUUAUCCAAAAAAUUUGAAAAUAUCGAACGAACAACUGGAUCGAGAGCUCGACGAGUAUAUGAAUAAACGUCACAAACAAAAGCAAGAUGAGCAGAAAAUGGAAAUAUAA